CCAAAUCUCACGCGCCACACUCUCAAUUCCUAGAAGAUAGCCCCCACUGCUUUCUUCACGUGAUGACGUUAAUUUCUCGAAACGACGCAAACUCUUUCUCUCCUUCUUCUCUCUUUGCUCUUUGUUUUCAGUCUGUUUCUAUCUCUGCAACUUUCUACAAUUUGUCUCCUACCACAUCGAACACGAAGGAAUUUACUACACAAUGCUACCUUCUUUUUCCAAAUCUAUCCACCUUCCCGAGAUCUUCUUCACUCUCCGUUUCUAGGGUCUAGCUCGAUUUCAGAUCAUGCACGGCCCUAGCCGCCUUGGCAACGGAAACGGCAACGGAAACAGUCGAUCCCACAUCGCAUCACCUCCUUCUUCGCCUCGAUUACGCCACACGAGGGGAAAAACCUCGGCCGGCGUGUACAGGUCGUCGGAAAAGCAGGGAAUCGGAGAGAAGCUCGUGUUCUUACUCUUCUCCAUAGUUUUCCGACGGAAAGGUGUGUUGCUAUUGGCGCCUCUUCUCUACAUCGCCGGGAUGUUACUUUUCAUGGGCUCGUUCGGGUUCACUGUCCUCGAUCUAGGUCACGGCGUUGAGAUUGUGUACAGACGAGGUCCCCCAGGUUCGGUUUACCGAAGCCCCAAGGUUUUCAAGCGGCUUUGGCCAGUGAUGGAGGCUGAUGCUAAUCGAAGCAGUCACAAUGCGCUGAUGGCGGCUUGGAAGCCAAAAGUUAAAAACAUGUGGAAACCUUGCAUUACCACAAACGUUUCUGCUUCAGGAUCAAGUUCUAAUGGUUAUUUCAUAAUCGAAGCAAAUGGUGGCUUGAAUCAACAACGCUUGUCAAUAUGUGAUGCAGUUGCUGUGGCUGGACUGCUAAAUGCUACUCUUGUCAUUCCUAUUUUUCACUUAAACAGUGUAUGGCGUGAUUCCAGCAAAUUUGGCGAUAUAUUUGAUGAAGAUUUCUUCAUAUAUGCUCUUAGUAAGAACGUGAAUGUAGUGAAAGAGCUUCCUAAAGACAUACUUGAGCGGUACAACUACAAUAUAAGCAGUAUUGUUAAUUUGAGAUUAAAAGCUUGGUCCAGUCCGGCAUACUAUCUCCAGAAGGUGCUCCCACAACUUUUGCGUUUGGGGGCUGUUCGUGUUGCACCAUUCUCCAAUAGGUUAGCUCAUGCGGUUCCCGCUCAUAUUCAAGGGCUCAGAUGCUUAGCAAACUUUGAAGCAUUGAGAUUUGCAGAUCCCAUACGGCUGCUUGCAGAGAAAAUGGUCAAUAGGAUGGUUACAAAGAGUGUUCAGAGCGGAGGAAAAUACGUUUCUGUUCAUCUCCGUUUUGAAAUGGACAUGGUCGCCUUCUCGUGUUGCGAAUAUGACUUUGGUAAGACGGAGAAGCUGGAAAUGGACAUGGCUCGGGAAAGAGGGUGGAAAGGAAAGUUCAGGAGGAGAGGCAGAGUAAUUAGGCCUGGUGCUAACCGCAUAGACGGAAAAUGCCCUUUAACCCCUCUGGAGGUCGGAAUGAUUCUCAGAGGGAUGGGAUUUAACAAUAGCACCUUGGUUUACGUUGCCGCGGGAAACAUUUACAAAGCGGACAAAUACAUGGCUCCUCUUAGGCAGAUGUUUCCUCUUCUCCAAACCAAGGAUACUCUAGCUACCCCUGAGGAACUUGCUCCGUUUAAGGGCCACUCAUCAAGAUUGGCUGCUCUUGACUACACAGUAUGCCUCCACAGUGAAGUCUUUGUAUCCACACAAGGUGGAAACUUCCCCCAUUUCUUGAUAGGUCACCGUCGCUAUCUUUACAAAGGCCACGCCGAGACAAUCAAACCCGAUAAGCGGAAACUAGUCCAGCUCUUCGAUAAACCGAGUAUUAGAUGGGACUACUUCAAGAAACAAAUGCAAGAUAUGCUUAGACACAAUGACGCAAAAGGAGUCGAAUUAAGGAAACCAGCUGCAUCGCUCUACACGUUCCCAAUGCCUGAUUGUAUGUGCAAAGAACCUGAUCCUGAACCUGAAACCGAUCCAGCUUAAACCUGACUCUUGCUGUUCAACAUCAACAAUGCAAAGUACGACAGUUGUUUAUUACGCCAACUAUACAUGUAAUUUAUUGUAUCAUGUUUCGUGUAUAACUAUUUUUUUGUUUUUUUCCUCCCAAGUUCGAGGAAUCUAAGAUUUCUUGAUAUGGAAUUUUGUGUGUACAUAACAUUCUUUCAACGUUAGUGACCCUAUUUCCCCCUUU